AGGUUUGCAGGUCAGCAGUGCCAGGGGUGAAGGAUGUGCUGCCGCUUGAUGGACGUUCUAUGCAUAGCAAAGUACCACGAGCACAGCAACAGUAUUGUUUACCCUAGCAACGGGCUGCUCGCUGUGUUUUUUUUUACUGGUGAAGAACAAGAACUCGGAUAGCUAGCAUCCCCCCGAUGGCUAUCUUUUGAGAUUUUGGAAGUUUAAACGUUUGGGAAAAGUGUUGAUAAACAUCCUUAACUUAACCACGACAGUGGUGCGUAUUGGGUCUUAAGCAAUCUGUUUUCACCACAGGACCGUUUUUCUGUUGAGUUGUUAGGAACGCAAGAAAAAUGGCAGAGGGAGCACUGAACAACCAAAGGGAGCACACAGCGAUCUGCUUCAAGGCCUUUAUGCUCAAGAAUAGUACAAAAAGCAACCUCAACCUCUAUGACCAUCUUUCACGAUUACUGACCAAGGUGAUGGAUGAGCGUCCAGAAAAUGUGGUUGACAUAAUUGAAGACAUGAGCCGUGAGGUGAAGCAGGAAUUUCUGCAGGACAAGCAGAGCACCUUGAGAGACAUGCCACUGGCAACGGCUGCACAGCUCCUGGCUGAGCAGCAGAGGUUACUGUUUUCACGGAGAGGGGGUGAUGAUGGAGAACAAGAGGAGGAACUGGUAGAAACACCACUUCCCAAUGUGAGUGAGCUUGGCUUCUUCCUCGAGCAGGCUGGAGUGGGACUGGGUAGAGAGGAGAUGCUGAUGGUCUUCCUGGCACUCAAGCAGCUGGUGGAUUCCCAACCGCUAGUGCGCUGCCGACUUUGGGGCAAAAUCCUAGGAACAGGGGGCAACUAUCUUGUUGCUGAGUGCGAGUACAGAGAGGGGGAGGAGGAGGAAGAGGGUAAUGAGGAAACAGUGGAAGAUGAGGAAAGAGAUGGAGAACCUCGGGAUGAUGAUGAGGAAGCUGAUGUGGUGGAAGUGAUUGAUACGCUCCCAAGAUCCACCUUCAAGCCCCCGCCUGUGGUGCCAAAGGAGGACAAUCGCACAGGUGUGAACAAGUUUACUUACUUUGUGUGCAGAGAGCCUGGCCUUCCCUGGGUGAAGCUGCCCACUGUCACUCCCACCCAGAUCACAGCUGCACGCCACAUCCGCAAAUUUUUCACAGGGAGACUGGAUGCCCCCAUCAUCAGCUAUCCUCCUUUUCCUGGCAAUGAGGCCAACUAUUUGCGAGCCCAAAUUGCUCGCAUCUCUGCCGGCACACAGGUCAGUCCCCUCGGGUUCUAUCAGUUUGCAGAGGAGGAAGGUGAGGAGGAAGAGGAGGGAGCCCGAGACAGCUUUGAAGAGAAUUCUGACUUUGAGGGAAUUCCUGUUCCUGAAAUGGCAGAAUCUCUAUCCACCUGGGUGCAUCAUGUCCAGCACAUCCUUCAACAGGGUCGCUGUGUGUGGGUGAACCUGGCUGACAAGCCUGAGGAUGACUUUGAGGAGGAAGGAGAUGAAGAGGAGAAGGAGGAGGAGCCUGAUGAGCCUGAUCCAGAGGUGGGGCCUCCCCUCCUCACUCCACUCUCUGAGGAUGCAGAGACUACCAACACCCCUCCCUGGAGCUCCAAGAUGUCCUCCACCCUCAUCUCUCAGUUUGCUCUUGCAGUGCUGCGCUCAAACCUCUGGCCGGGGGCUUAUACUUAUGCCAGUGGAAAGAAGUUUGAGAACAUCUACAUUGGUUGGGGCCUGAAAUUUGUAGGGGAAGGGUACAUCCCAACUAUUCCAACAAUUCCCCAGAGAGAAUACCAAAGUGGGCCAGAGAUCACAGAGUCCCUGGACCCCAGUCUGGAGGAAGAGCAAGCCCUGAAAGCAACCCUGGAGGAGCAGAGGGCUGCCCAAGAAGAGACAGAGGCCUUGGGUGAAGAUGAAGAGGAGGAGGAAGAAGAGGAUGAUUAAAGAUGACUUUGUUGUUAACAAACACUACAUUACAAAAUAGGCAACAUUUACUAUUGACUAAAGCCCGAGGGCUCUGUUCAAUCCGCGUCGCAAAGUUCAGCUUUACAGCGUGAUUGAAAUUUAAAGGCAAAGUUCCGGCUUUAGCUGAGACUGCAUUCAUGGUAAACGCCGCGUAUGUCGGCUCAAAAUGACCUUUACAUUUCUACUGCGGAAUCUGUAACGCUUCAGCGAUAGAUUAAAUAGAGCCCCUAAUUUAUUAAGAACAAAUAAAACAAUUCGUACAGCAACGUCCACUGAGAGAACAAUGCUUGUACAUGUUUUUUUUAUUAGUCCUUUUUUAAAGAAAAUACAGACAAACAGGUAGAGAGCAAAACACACACUGAUCCCCUACCAAAUCCAACCCACCCUCACCCACCACGAUCCAACAGUGUCCCACCCCAAUACCAGGUUUUAAUGAAACAAUGUUUGUGCAUUUAUUUGUCAUACUUUUUUAGGCAUCAGACCGUAGUCAGAUGUGUUGGCAAGGCAGACUUCACUGUUUAUUACUUUCCACAUGAAGCAGGCAAGUAACUGAAUACCUCAGUAAUUGCUCCUGUCCUUAAUUGGCCAUGUCAGAACAUGUGGGGUGAGCCUUCAAUAAGUAUAUGCAGUACCAGUCAAAAGUUUGCACACACCUACUCAUUCCAGGGUUUUUCUUUAUUUUUGCUAUUUUCUACAUUGUAGAAUAAUAG